GCUUCUACGUAUUAAUAUUAUAAAUUAAAUAAAAAAUGCUACCGAAAGUGAAAUAAAUCGAUGGGAAUGUAUAAUAAGGUCACGGGUUUUGAUAUUUAAAAUCUAUGAAAACGAACUAUAUAUAAGGACCCACAAAAACCCCAUUCAUAACGUCGAUUCAUGUGCAUCUUCUGCGUUGCAUUAAAACCCUCUUUCUAUCAAGUUUACAACUUCUACUUCUCCAAGAAACCUUCUUACCUUACUUACUACUCUCUCCUCACAUCAGAGCAAUGUCGCCGACUUACCUAAGCCGUCCGGUCGUGAUCUCUCUCCUCCUCUUCGUUGUUUUCCUUCUCACAACUUCCGUCGCUUCUCCAACAUCAAGAAACGUUCGCUACCGAACCCACCGUUUCGUCCCGAGGGUUCGCCAUCCGUAUUACGUGACACCUCACGGUUCGUGCGACUCCUUCACUCGUCCAUACGCGCGUUCUAUGUGCCUUGAGCUUCAAAGAAUCCACCGUAGCGCCAGGAAGCAGCCACAUGUUCCCCCUCCUCCGCCGGAGAUUGAUCCAAGGUACGGCGUUGAUAAGAGACUCGUCCCCUCCGGUCCUAAUCCUCUUCACAACUAAAAACCCCCUAUUCCCAGUUUGUAUACAUAUAUACAUUUAUUUAUAGCUGAUACAUUUCUUGAAAGUACAUGUUCGAGAGAUCUGUGCCCAAAGACAAAGGUUCACUUUCUUCUUUGCGGAUCUUUGUUGAAUCUUGAUUGCUUGAUGGAGCCCUACGUACGUUAUGAGGAGGAUAUAUUAUUGUUGCUAUUUCCACGCUUGUUUUUGUUGAACUUGUAAAGAGUGGACUGGAAACAAUCUUGGAAAUAGUGUGCAACGACUUUCUUUUUAUUAUUUUUAUGUUUACAUAAUUUAACUUUUAAAAAAGCAAGGCAGGCAAAAGGAUUUAGAUAUGGUUGAGAGAUGACAGGAGAGGAGAAGAAAUGCAUGAGUUCCAUUAAUUUGGAAGCUGUAUAUUACGUAACUUGUAAGCCACGGCCAUUGGUCUAUGAAUAAACCUUUAUUUUAAAGUUUUGAUGGGCCAUAUGUAUAAUCCAUAUGUCUGC